AUGACGACUUCUGCAGAGAAAGAAUUAAAACCUGUGACGGUAGAGAAACCAAUUCCUGUCGCCUAUGACCUGGGCAACAUGGCGGUUUUCGACCCAAACCCUUUGGAACAUACAAAGCUGACUGAUUCUAGCGAGGUCAACACGUAUUUGAAAGAUGUGACUCGUGACAAUGUGCAGCUUUUACUUAACCAGAUCCUGUCUCUUCCAUUGAAGACGACCACUGAUUCCUCCAGCGGUCAGAACGCAACCAUGACGCUAAUCAACUUGCCAAACCCCUCGACUCCAUUGCCGAGAGAAAAGGCUAUUCCUAAGGCCAAAGAGCCCACCAGAUGGGAAUUGUUUGCUGCCAAAAAGGGAAUCAAAGCUAAGGGUAAGGAUGGAAAGAUGGUGUACGACGAAGAUGCCGGCGAAUGGGCUCCUAAAUGGGGUUACGGUGGAAAGAACAAGAAGGUGGAUGAUCAAUGGCUUGUGGAGGUUGAGGAUGAGGUCAAAGAUACUAGUAAAGAGCUGAUAGAUCCUAGAUCCCUCAGGAGAGACGAAAGGAAAAAGCUGAUCAAGAAGAAUGAAUUGCAGCAUAAGAGAAACCUUCAAGGAAGGAAAUAA